AUGGAAAACAAGAAAGCUCUGGACAUAGUGGUGUUCCCAUGGCUUGCAUUUGGUCACAUGAUUCCAUUCCUUGAGCUCUCCAAGCACUUGGCCAAAAAGGGCCAUCACAUAUCAUAUGUUUCUACUCCACGAAAUCUUGAGCGCCUCCUCCCGAAAAUCCCUAAGAACUUGCUUCCCUUUAUCAAGCUAGUCCCUAUUCCACUGCCACGAGAUGGAGUCCUGCCCCCCAAGGCCGAGGCCUCCUCAGAUAUGCCUUUUGAUGAUGUUGAGUUACUCAAGAAGGCUUAUGACGGUCUAAAGGAACCCUUGGCAAGCAUCCUGGAAGGUGCCACUCCUAUUGACUGGAUCAUCUACGAUUACCCUUGUUACUGGCUACCUCCAAUUGCUGACAGAUUAGGUGUCCGAAAGGCUUUCCUUUCUUUGAUGAAUGGCUGGAGCUCUGCAUCCUUUGGUCCAUCAUCAAAUAUGAUCAAGGAUGGUGCUGGGACAUGGAGUAAACCUGAGAGUUUGACAGGUCGACUUGAGUGGGUCCCAUUCCAAAACAACGUUGUCUACCGGUUCCACGAAGCAAAGAAGAGCCUCAGUGCUGCAAGAAAAAAUGCCUCUGGCGUUUCAGAUAUGUUCCGCGGGGGAUGUUCUGUCUGUGAUUGUGAUGUAUUUGCCAUACGUAGCAGCAGGGAGCUUGAAGCAGAAUAUUUGCAACUUUUAGAAAAGCUUCAUAGAAAGCCUGUGGUACCUGUAGGCUUGUUGCCAACCUCAGUAGACGAAGACCAAAUGGCCAAUAGUGAUACCUGGCACUCCAUUAAGGAUUGGCUGGACAAGCACACAAAUGAGUCCGUGGUUUAUGCGGCCCUAGGGAGUGAAUUAGGUCCGAGCCAAGAUGUCGUCAAUGCAUUGGCACUUGGAUUGGAGCUAUCAAGGCUCCCCUUCUUCUGGGCACUACGUAAUCAUGCAGGUAGACCACAGGAGCUUCCAGAUGGGUUCAAGAAGCAAACUAGAGAUCAGGGUUUGGUUUGGACGAGUUGGGUGCCUCAAGCUCAGAUACUCUCUCAUAAUUCAGUGGGGGCUUUCUUGACCCAUUGUGGCUGGAGCUCUAUAAUAGAGGGGCUUCAAUUUGGAAAACCACUAAUUAUGCUGCCAUUCGUCUUGGACCAAGGCUUAAAUGCAAGAGUUAUGGAAGCAAAGAAAGUUGGAUUCGAAAUACCAAGGAACAAUCAGGAUGGAUCGUUCGAUAAGAAUUCAGUAGCACAAUCAUUGAAGGUGAUGUGUGAGGACGUAUUUGGUAAGAUUUACAGAGAUGAGGCAAAGAAAAUGAGUAGAAUGGUUGCUGAUGAGAACUUGCACAACCAAUACAUUGAAGAAUUCGAGGCAUACCUUUACAGGAACAGACCCAUAUCUGAGGCCUAG